CGGCGGCUGCUCCCAGGUCACCGGAGGGCUCGGCCCCGCCCGGCGGGCGCAGCCCCGCGUCGGAACCCGAGGGCAGCGGUAGCGGUUUCCCCCUGAAGGGAGGAAGAGUUUCGCGAGAGCACACAGGAAAGGCCAGGCGCCGAGCGGCGGGCAGCGGCGAAGAUGACUGCAUUCUUUAAAACACUUCGAAAUCACUGGAAGAAAACUACAGCUGGGCUCUGCUUGCUGACGUGGGGAGGUCACUGGCUCUAUGGGAAGCACUGUGAUAACCUGCUAAGAAGAGCAGCCUGUCAAGAAGCUCAGGUGUUCGGCAACCAGCUCAUUCCUCCCAAUGCACAAGUGAAGAAAGCCACGGUCUUUCUCAAUCCUGCAGCUUGCAAAGGCAAAGCCAGAACUCUAUUUGAAAAAAAUGCUGCCCCAAUUUUACACCUGUCUGGCAUGGAUGUGACGGUUGUCAAGACAGAUUAUGAGGGACAAGCCAAGAAGCUCCUGGAACUGAUGGAAAGCACAGAUGUGAUUAUCGUUGCUGGAGGAGAUGGGACACUGCAGGAGGUUGUUACUGGAGUGCUUCGAAGAACAGAUGAGGCCACCUUCAGUAAGAUUCCAAUUGGAUUUAUCCCGCUGGGACAGACCAGUAGUUUGAGUCACACCCUCUUUGCCGAAAGUGGAAACAAAGUCCAACACAUUACAGACGCCACACUUGCCAUCGUGAAAGGAGAGACAGUUCCACUUGAUGUCUUGCAGAUCAAGGGCGAAAAGGAACAACCUGUGUUUGCAAUGACUGGCCUCCGAUGGGGAUCCUUCAGAGAUGCUGGCGUCAAAGUUAGCAAGUACUGGUAUCUUGGUCCACUGAAAAUCAAAGCAGCCCACUUUUUCAGCACUCUUCAGGAGUGGCCUCAGACUCAUCAGGCCUCCAUCUCUUACACGGGACCUAGAGAGAGACCUCCCAGUGAGCCUGAAGAGACCCCUCCCCGACCUUCUCUGUACCGGAGAAUAUUACGCAGGCUUGCCUCAUUCUGGGCACAGCCACAGGAUGGUGAGCAACAUGGAGACUCCUUCUCCCGAGAGGUGAUCCCAGAGGUCUGGAAAGAUAUGCAGCUGUCCACCAUUGAGCUGUCCAUCACCACCCGAAACAGCCAACUUGACCUGAUGAGCAAAGAAGACUUUAUGAACAUUUUCAUUGAGCCUGAUACUGUCAGCAAAGGAGAUUUCAUAACCAUAGGAAGUAAGAAGGUGAGAGACCCUGGCCUGCGCGCAGCUGGUACCGAGUGUCUUCAAGCCAGUCACUGCACUCUGCUGCUUCCUGAGGGCACUGAGGGCUCCUUCAGCAUUGACAGCGAGGAGUACGAAGCCAUGCCCGUGGAGGUGAAACUGCUGCCCCGGAAGCUGCACUUCUUCUGUGACCCAAGGAAGAGAGAGCAGAUGCUGCAGAGCGCAUCCCAGUGACCCGGCAGCAGCCUGGCGCUCGCAGGCCGCACUUCGAGCCACCAGUGGGACCACAAGGGGACGGGUGUGCUUCAUCUGUCCCUGGAGUGUUGUUGUCACAGGAUCCCAAGGGAAUUUUCAUGGCAAGUACUCCUGCCCCCUCCUCCCGUAGUGCUUCCUAGUGUGCAUACCCUGUCACCCAGCUGGCGGUCAGCCUUGUUAGCCCAUGCUUUCCUUGUGCCGCCAUGGUAGUUGAUCCCUCCUCCAUAGUGCUUUGCUCCGGCUGGGUCAAGGAAGUUCUUGCACUCAGUGAGCUGGAAAGGGCUGGGAUUUUCUGAUUGCCCCACAGUGGAGAGUGGAAUGUGUAGACUAAGCUCCUGUUCCAGUUUUCUGACCGUCCUAGGGCAUCCAAGGGAAGCAGCUGCCUUCUUCAGGUGCCUCUCCCUCUUUCUGGGCUCUCUCAUGGGUGCUGUGCCUCCGUGACCUCCACUUUGGCUGGUCUCCAUCUGGAAAGCAGAUGUGAGGUGGUUCCCUCCUCAGCCAUGGCUAACAUACUAUGUUGUUGAAAGAGCAAACCCGUGCUUCUUCAUUGUUAGUUUGCAUGUGCACAACUGAGGCGCACGGUGAAACUUACCGACCUGGGAUCCACCCCAACACCGUGGAACUCAAUCUGGCUGGAAUCUUCAUUUAAACGGCUGCUUCCUGGGUCAACCAACCUGACCUAGAGGAAGUAUUUUAAAACUACUUCAUAAACUGACUUUCCCAAAUGUAUUAUAUGUAUUUUUUAAAAAUCACGUAUUCAUGUUGACAUCUGUCAUUUUUCAUGGGAAGUUACACACUUGUCAGUGUGCUUUCUGGUGUUAUGUGAAUACUGUUGUUUACAAAUAAAAAGUGUCACAUCAUUCUUUUAAACAUAGCCAGUGUAAUUUAAAUGCAUCCCUCAUUUAUGUAUAUAAAUAAACUAGUGAAGUAACUCUUCACUAUUUGAAAUUUAAAAUUUUUUUUUCUCCCUUGGGCGCAUCUCUAAACCACUGUGUCAGCAAAGGGAUUCUUAUCAUAGUUUAUUUUUAUGCUUGGCAUUUUUUACCAAUUGCUUUUCCUCAGCAAAAAAUACAAGUCUAAAUAACUUAUGGGCUAACUCAUUACAGAACAACUGUUUUAACAAUUAUUGGCAUAUAUUAUUAGAGUUAUUUGAAGCAGUAAGUAGGUUUUUGGUAGUUGAAAAUUGUUAUUAGAAUGUUCUUGUUCGUAACUAGUUCAUUUAUCCAAUAUGUAAAUAAUUGUGGUGAGACAAGGAUAUCCAGUAUCAGUUAUAUUCCUUUUUCAUUUUUUAUUAUUUAUGAGCCCAGAAAGAAGAUGGGAGUAAGAAUUACAACAUUUUUUAAUUGCUUUGACAUUAGUGGGAAAAAGUAUACUACUGCAUUAAAAUUAAUAAUGAUCUCUUAACUAACAAUCUGAUUAGAUCUUCCUCUAGUCUGUUGCAAGCUGAGAACUAAAAACAUUUGAUUUUAUAGAAGGAGUUCCUAUCAGGUCAUUAGUACCAUUUAUUUGGGUUUUUUUACGUUGUUUUAAAAAUUUAUUUUAUGUGCAUUGGUGUUUUGCCUACAUAUGUAUAUGUGUGAGGGUGUCAGAUCUUGGAGUCACAGACAGUUGUAAUGUGGGUGCUGGGAAGUGAACCUGGGUCCUAACCGCUGAGCCUUCUCUCCAGCCCCAGUACCAUUUACUUUAGUACUAGCAUGGGCAUUUCCUUUGCUCAUGCCGAGAAGCCCCUGAACUCCAGAAGGCCUGCACUGUAUGAAUUUGGUUUGAGCCCUUGUCAUUGUGAAAGAGAAAGUGACACCUUUAGUAGCAGAAACUUCAGGAAGAUAAAAUUCAAAUGUAAAGACAGUAAGAUACCCACCCACGUGUCCCACUGCAGUCAAGUCAGUGCAUGAAUGGAGUAGAUAGACAGUGCCUACAAAAAAGCCCGGAACUCAAGACCACAGAACAUAAGGCUUGCCUGUUGGGUUCUGUGUGCUUGUGGUGGUGGUAAGCGUUCUGCUUUAACAACAGCAAACAGAUGAGUCUGGAGAUGAGCGUAAAUCACUUACCCUGUGCCAGCUGUGGAGGGGAAGGGGCUGCUAUGUUAUAUGGAAAUAAAAGACUGUGCUUCUGUAACAGCA